CUUCAGCUUCUUAAGUGGAAUUUCUCUCAGAUGAGAUGGCACAAUCAGCAUCCGGUAAGUCCAGUAAGACUUCAUUCAUUCAUUCAAGUCUUCACUGAAACUCAGAACAGAAAUGAAGUCACAGGCAGCGGGCCAAAACCAAUAUCAAAGUUACAGGCUGAGAGAGUAGGAAAUUGUGGUCACUCACAUUUUAGUUAAAAUCUAUAUGUAGAAUUUUAAUGUGAUUAUAGCAUCUCUCAAAUGAUUGAAAUUAUAAUGGCAAAAGUUUUUGCUUGUAUAAAAAUGAAACAAUCCCACUCAAAACUGUGCAGUCUAUGUGCGUCUUUGUGCCAAAUUAUCUUAGUGUCGCUGUGUUGAAUGUGUGGGUGGGAAAAAGGGUGUAGCAGCGUAUACUGCUGUCUACCACAAUGUCAUUCUUUAUAUUAACACCACAUGGCUCCAAAGGAAGGAAGAUUGAAAUUCUUUUUGUCAUGUAUGUUUUGUUUUAUUAUGUUAGUCAAACAGUGUUUGCCUUGAAAAACUCAGGAGGAAUCUGAUAUUAAUGUGAAUCGAUUCCAAUCUGUUGGGUUUCAGUGUUGUACAAAGACACUGUCACUGAACAUAACCCUGAGUUUUGAAGAAUCCUCCGUUAUUUUCCGUCUGUCAAGUGCAUUGGUACACACAUACCACUUUUAACACUGUUUAAGAUACAAAGCAACGAGGCAAUAUAGCCAGCUUUUAUUGGCUGAACGUAGCAAUUCAAAAAGUUGAGAAGAAGAUUUAGAAGAAAUGGCCAAAUAAAAAGACCGCUAGUGAUUUGGACCAAUUGUUGCAUUUCGUGUCAUCAUGAUUCACUAAGGAUUCAGGUACAUUCAGGUGGAUGAACAAAAAUGAUGCCAUAGACCAAACACAACAAUUCCAAAACAACUCCCAAAUGAGGUUUGGAUUCAGUUAGUCAGAAGAAUACAAGUUGAUGUUCAGACAGCAGAGAUGCACAUAAUCUACCUCAAACAUAAAAAUGGGCAUUUUGGAAAUGAAACUAUAUUUUCAUGUUAAUGGAUUUAUUUUAACAUCAUUAUUGACUGAUUUUAUUUGGUGCUAAUGUUGAGCUGAAAGUUUAUUUAGCCUAAUAAAGGCUGAUAAAUGGAACAAGUACAGUAUGUUCUUUUUUAUAUAACUUUGAGCCCAUGGUCCUAAUGUUCAGAAAAAACACUGAAACAUUAGCACUAAAAUAUAGUUGUUUAUGUGAUAUGCAGUAUGCCUUUUAUCAAUGAAAGUUAUUACAUGAUGACUCUUCAUUGGUAGUAGUUUUUUUUAAAAAAUUGCAUUAUUUUCCUUUGCUUGCAAUUUUUCCCAAUUCCCACAAUUCUAAAGCAAUAAGAGCACAUAAAACAUUGCAAAUUGUAAUGCAAUUUUUGAGAAAAGCUGUUCCAAAAUCAAACAUUUUUGGCUGCAAUACUCACAAAAAAACUGCAAAAUCUUAGACGGACUGAAAAGCACCUUUUGCAUGAUGGGAAGAAUCUUUUCUGUAAACCCCUUUUUAAAGAAUCAUGAAUGAAUGAUCGCUAUUACUGGAGGGCAAUGACAAUAUCUUCAUGGAAUUAUGGUCAUCUUUAAUGCUUUUGUUCUUUUUGUUUCCCAGCAUCUGAACUCAGGAUUGUGAUCUUUGGAAAAAGUCCCAACGAAAAGACAACACUAUGUAACCUCCUCACAGGAAAACAAGAUGUCCCUUAUCCAAAAAUGUCCAAGCAAUGUGAACAUAUCAUCGGAGAGUGGAAGAGAAAACCAUUCACAAUAGUGAAAACAGCAGAUGUCUUCAGUAUGCCUGUGGAUAAAGUGAGACAUGAGAUGAAGAAGUGUGUUGCUCUUUGUCCCCCAGGACCAAAUGUUCUGCUGCUUUCUGUGAGGCCUUCUGAUUUCACCAAACAGGACAUAAAAACACUGAAGUUCAUCCUAAGUUUGUUUGGCCAAGAUGCUUUUAAAUACUCAAUGGUCAUCACUACACAAAAUGACAGGGGAUUUAAUUUCUCAGUGAACCAAGUCAUCCAAGAGUGCAGUCAAAGGCAGCACAGCAUCAAUUUUGGUGAAACAGAACUUCAUGAAUAUGAUCAUUUAGAAUUGAUGAAGAAGAUGGAGAACAUAGUGAGUGAAAACAGGGGACGAUAUCUCAUCUUUACAGAAGAGACUGAUCUCAUGGUAGCACCUGAAUGUGCAAAAUCCCCUCUAAACCUGGUUUUGUGUGGGAGAUCUGGAGCAUGGAAGAAGUCGGCAGCUAACGCCAUUCUGGGACAAAGAAAGUUUAGUCCACCUGCUGACUCAGAGUGUGUUAAACAUCAGGGAGAGGUGUGUGGACGUCAGGUUACCCUGGUGGAGCUGCCUGACUUGGAUGGAAAACCUCAGGAGGCAGCAAAUAAGGAAUCACUCAGGUCCAUUUCCCUCUGUGAUCCUGAGGGUGUCCAUGCCUUCGUCCUGGUACUUCCUUUGGACCCCCUCACCGAUGAAGACAAGAGAGAGUUAAAGACCAUCCAGAACAUAUUCAGCUCUCGAGCCAAUGACUUCACCAUGAUUCUGUUCACUGUGAAGUCAAAUCCUAACUUUCCAGCAAAUAUGAGGUUUCUGCAGGAAAACAGAGACAUCCAGCAACUCUGUCGGAGCUGUGGUGAACGCUAUGUUGUUUUCAACAUCAACAACAAGCAGCAAGUCUCUGAGGUGUUGGAUACUGUGGAAAAGAUGAGAGUUGUGGGAUCCAGAGGCUUCACAAAGGAAAUGACUGCCAAGCCUCGGUUGAAUCGGUCAACAAUAGAUGCGUCUUUUAUAAAAAAAAUCAGGUUAUGA